UUUGUUCCAGAGCCCAAGCAAAACGAUGACAAUGCAUGCUGGGAUACCAACAACCAUCGGACUAGUUACAAUCAGGAUUGUGCUGAGUGUUGGCAUUUAUGCAAGACGUUCAUUACGAGCCCUUCAUUCAUGGGCCCUGCUUGUAACAGCAACAGACUCUGUGGCGAAGCCUGCCACACAGCGUGCAACUUCAUAGCAGACAAACCCAAAGCCCUGCCAAUGGAAGGAGAGUGGAGAUUUCCAGAUGAAGUGAAAUCCGACACGGAUGCCCGGGAGAUGAAUAUACAAUGGAAGGCGCCAGUACUGGACACGUCAAAUCCCAAAAGUGCAUUGACUUCCGUCUCCAAACUGGGGCCAAUCGUCUACGUCCUGUUUUCCAGAAACAGCAAUAAGCCACAGGAUGGAUGGGCUGUGGUACAGUUGAUGGUCUCGACGUCGAUAAGGAUCGACAUUGAUUCAAUCCCGCUGUCUCCGGAGUUCUUGCUUCUUGCGGUGUCCGAGCAUGGUCUUAUAGCACAGUUUGAAUUCAAGACGGAGUCGCUGAUAUUGGGAGAUAUCGACGACCCAUCCGGCCCAGAACUGGAAGAUCUACGGGAAGCAGAGGAGUCCGGUUGGUACGUGCAAGCCCUCAAGGACAUGAGUGCCAACAUCAGUUUGACAAAGAUAAAAGUUCGCGAAGAAGGAGGUUCCCACUGGGCACAAACGGCGGAAAUCGAAAUCCGUGGACCUGAUUGGCUGGGUCAGAAUACGGAGCAUUUCUUCUCGUUGAGGUGGUUUUUGAUCGACUGCAGAAAUGCUUAUGAUUUUGUACCACACUGCUCGCUACCUAGAGACGACUAUGGAGCAACGGUGCCCACGAAAGGAACUGACGAGGUUACUUACGACAUCAAGAAUCUCCGAUUCAACAGCAUCUACCUGCUAGUCAUAUACCUGGCAGAAGACUACAGGAUCAAGGCCGAACUAGUCUUCAAAACGGAACCAUGUGAAAAGCCGGACUCCCUACAGCUGACCCGUUGUCUGGACAACAUCAGGGAGGAGGAGCUACCGUUGAUCCCCAUAGUCCACGGGAAGGACCUGCUCCCAGAGCCCCCGGUUUUACAGCUCGCUCUGAACGUCUCCUGGAUGUCGCUACAGCCGCACUCUGACCUGGUUCUGGUGAACAUCACCUGGUCGCCGGUGCUGAACGAGUCGACUGACAGCUACAACGUGACCACCUACAAGGAAGACAGGAACCUGCUGGUGUCCCGCCAGGUCACCACCAGCUGUUACAUGGUGCUGCACCUUCAGCAGAACACACAGUACAAGAUCAAGGUUGAGGCGGUUACAAAGUUACAGCAACAUGAGGGGUCGGCGUCACAGCUUUUUGAUGAGAUAUUGGUGAAUACUUCUGACGUCAACUUGGCUGUAUACCAGGGACCACAGGCCUUUAGGUUCAGGAAUAAUGAUGAGAUGGACCAAGUUGAUGGCAUUAUCAUCGGGGUGACCUGUUUUAUCAUCGUAUUUGUUCUCGGCGUUCUGGCUGCCGUUCUGUACAAGAAACGAGAAAGCUUCAAAGAUAUCAUCGUCACCAAGGCAACAGUUGCCAAGAGCAACAGUUAUAAGUCUAACGUGGGAGGCAAAUCUGACUACUCUAAUCAACUAAUCGUCUUCUCUGAUGAGUGGGAGCUGGACCCAAAGAAACUAACAUUCAGCACACUUCUGGGUCAAGGCGCCUUUGGGAAAGUGGUCACUGGAUACUACGAUGACCAGAAAGUGGCUAUUAAGUUGGUCAGAGAGGGUGCCCCGAUGUCGUACAAGGAAGAUCUGGUCGCUGAAAUCAACUUGAUGAAGCGUCUUGGAAGCCAUCCCAACAUAGUCUGUCUCAUUGGAGCCUGCACCAUGUCGGAACCCAUCGCUUUAGUCAUGGAGUAUGUGCCGUAUGGAAAUUUGCAGAACUUCCUCAA